GCUGCAGCCACCCUAAUAAUACGCAGUAAAUGCGCUGUUGAGGCGUCGUCGGGUGUCGGCCCACCAAGGCGCUUAUUAACGAUUUCCAAUCAAGGGAAACGCCCCGGGUGUGGCACAGCUGCAACCGUUAAACAACCACGGCUUGUGUGCAUGUGACUGAAUGAGAAGAAUGGUGAUGGAAAAUCGAAGUGGUGCUGGAACAGCGUAGUUAUUGUAAUUGCUGGAAGUCAAAAUAAGUCACGACCCCUGGGGGAAGCUUGUUUUUGCAUUCCUCUCGUCUCCGCGUCUCUCUCACCGGACAUUUUCAGCUCCAUCAUCAGUCUGUAACCGCUGGCCCAAUCAUGCCCGGAUCCAGCUCUACAGUUCCAAAAGAAUGGCCCCAGGGGAUCGUCUACCUUCGAGUCCCCCACUACUCCAAACGACUUUCCAGUGAAACCUCAAGAGUGCUCAUCCUCCCGUUCUCCGAAAUACCUGCAGAUGAACAGCUUAUGAAAAGCACCAACGGACCAUUCACUAACGUCAGAAUAUCCAAAAUCACAAAUUCCAAUCACCCUGCCUACGGCCAGUACGGCCUUUUCGCAGCUCAACACCUGCCUCCAGAUUCCUUCGUCCUUCCCUACCUAGGCUACGUGCAUGAUCAGAGCGACACCAAUGAGUCUUCCGACUAUGAUCUCUCGUUGGACAGAGAGCAUCGAGUGGGCGUAGAUGCCUCCACCAUGGGCAAUGAGGCCAGGUUCAUCAACGACUACAGGGGUAUAGCACCGGCUCCUACCGCCGAAUUCAGAGACAUCUACAUCGACUUGGGGAACGGCAAGGCGGAGAAAAGGAUAGGCGUGUUCGUCUUGAGUGCAGGCAAGAGCGGAAAGCGAGCGAAGGGUGUUCCCAAAGGACAGGAGCUUCUCGUCAGUUAUGGGAAAGGCUUCUGGGCCGCGCGAUCUCCAUAGUCGACAUUACCUGCCAUCAUGCCAUCACUGCCAUCUUAAUAGCCUUCGUGACAUUAUGAAGCAAACAAGGUCCCAUCGGAGUCCUUGGCCAAGGGCCAGAUUUAUGAGGAAGAAAAAACUACUGAGACCCGCCAAAGUCUUUCAGGAACGACCAUUUGGUCAAUCAGCAUAUCAGGAACGCCAGAGACCUUUCCCAGAUGCCUUUCCAGAAUGCUCCCAAUCCUGAUACUGCACCAAUUGUCCUAGAACGCCAAAAGAACCGCCCCUUGUCAGUAUCCAAUACCGCCCUCUCAUGGAAGCAACGGAUAGAGUUCCU